AGAGAGGAAGGAGGGGGUGGGCACAGCAAAGAGGGAAAAAAGAAAACAGAAAAAGAAUUGCAUGCCACUAUGCCUGAAUAUAUCCUCUACUUGUAGAUAAUUCCAUCCGAGUUGCACUUUUGCCUUUUUAUUUCCGUUUUUGGACACCUCCUUUAUCAUCCAGCCAACUGGGACAGACAAAGCACUGUUGGUGCCCUGAGCGACAGAACUCUGGUAGGGGGCUGGCUGUAAAUUGACGUGGCAUGGAAAUUCUCCGCUAAGUUGUAGCAGCUUGCAUGUUUCUCCUAAGAUCAAGCCCAGCCUCCCAGAGCUGUGGCUUAAUCAUCAUGGGUUCAACGACUUUACAGAAAAAUGGAUAGAAAAUGUCUUCAGCUCCUUUCUUUGGACUCAAAUGUUUUCUUUUUGACUAUCUAUGGUUUAGCUGAAAAAAUCAAAGCAGUUAAGUCUGUAACUUUCUUUUUGCAGCUUAAACAACAGAAUUUGCUGCUCUCCCUCCCCUAUCCUGCAAUUUAAUUCCUUACAGAUUUUGCCAUGGGGUGCGGACUUAGAAAGCUAGAAGACCCUGAUGAUAGCAGCCCUGGAAAAAUAUUUUCUACCCUGAAGAGACCGCAAGUGGAAACAAAGACAGAAUUUGCUUACGAAUAUGUAUUGCUGGAUUUCACUUUACAAGCCUCGCCAAACCCAGAAGUCAUCAAGAUAAAUUCAAUUCCGGAUAUAGUAACAAAAGUUGAAGACUACUAUCUUAAAGGAUAUAUUGUUGGGGCUAUUCAUCCUGUUAUACAACCUGUGGGGCAGCGAAAACACCUACCUGCAAGUUACCUGUACAGGGUAGUGCUAUUGCGCUUGAAGUUAAGCCUGAAGCAUUCGGCAGCAUCCAGUGGACAAAGACGCCCAAGGCUCGUGAUUGAGGAAUGUCCUCUAACUUAUGAGACACAAACAAAUGACAUAGCAAAAGAACUGAUAGAAAAGAUUAAUAUAGCUGCUAAGAGAGGAAUGAAAUUUGUUGGAUUCAUAUCACAGCCUUAUUCACCACUUAAAUUCUGCAACGGAACCAACCAUGAUGAAGACGUAGAGUCAGUGCUGCCUCUGAGACACACUUCAGAUGAAAACUGUAAAAGUUGGAAUGAAGGAACAUUAAGUGGGCAAUCAUCUGAGAGUGGAAUUGAGGAAGAACUUCAUCAUGAAAGUGAACAGUGUCAGAUGGACCGAGAUGGCAGCCCCAGUUAUUCUAAAUCAAGAAAGGGAGAAGAAAACAAGUUGUAUACAAUAUUCAAUGUUUUCGAUGAUGAAUCAACCUGCUGGACCUAUCAGGAAGGCAUCCUGUCAAUGAAAGUAACAAGAAAAGGAUCUGUCAUUAGUACACUUGAUGCCGAUUGGCUGGAGUUAACUACAUUUUAUUAUAAACAAGGCUUGUCUUUAAUUGAUUCUUUUGUAUGCUGGGAAACAUCUAAAGGGGACCAUUUGCCUAAAUCUUUGGAAGGAUUCUUUAUCUAUGAAGAAGAAGGUUCUGGAGUUCCAGGUUCCAGUAGGAAAGGAAAUGAUGCCAUCGUAGUAGAACAAUGGACUGUUAUUGAGGGCUGUGAAAUCAAAACGGAUUAUGGCCCUCUGCUGCACACUCUGGCUGAGUUUGGAUGGCUCCUGACAAGCGUGUUGCCUACACCUAUACUGCGACAUGACAGUGAAGGGAAUUUGGCUACAAAGCAGGUUGUGUUCCUUCAGAGACCAGUUAUGUGGAAUUCAGCUGCUCAAACACCAGAAAGGAAAGCCAGCCGGCAUACAAAAGGUGAAGACAGGAACAAAGUCACCAGCAGGAGCAUCGGUUUGGACACAGCCACAUCACAACCAACGGACAGCAGAAACCCACCUGCAGAGUGCCUCCUCUCUCCUUCUGGAGAGUGUUGGACAAGAGAGAGGAGGCCGACACAGUACAGCAGCUUCUCUGGCUUCAGCAGCAAUGACAGUGUCCUACGGGAAUUAGAUGACGGUCAGUUUGACCAGGAAGAUGGAGUAACUCAGGUCACUUGUAUGUGAGCAAUGAAGUAAAGCAAUGGAAGGCCCUGUAAAUAACUAUUAAAAUAAUUGCCAACUGAC